AUUAUUUUAUUGUAGCUACUAGUGAUAAAAGACGCUCAGAAAUGCAAUAAACUAGCUUGGAGUUUCGCUUCGGAGACAGUUUAUUACUUCAUUUGCUGUAGAACUAUAAUUUUAAUUUCAAAAUGGCUAACCCUGCCACUGCUCCAGUGGUAGAAGAGAACCCAGAAAUUGAUUGGGGAAACGAGCGAUUACAACGAGCGCAGCGGGCCGUAGAAGCAAACAUAUACGAUGUGGAUUCGUGGUCUCUGCUGAUCCGUGAGGCUCAAACGCGGCCUAUCAAUGAAGUGCGGUCGGUGUAUGAGAAGCUGAUCACAGCGUUUCCGACGACGGGGCGGUACUGGAAGAUCUACAUUGAGCAGGAGAUGAAGGCGCGAAACUUUGAGAAAGUGGAAAAGCUGUUCCAACGAUGCCUGAUGAAGAUUCUAAACAUCGAGCUGUGGCGGCUGUACCUCAACUACGUGAAGGAGACGAAAUGCAUGUUGCCGACUUACAAAGAGAAGAUGGCUCAAGCAUAUGACUUCGCCCUCGAUAAGAUUGGACUGGACAUACACGCGUAUCCAAUAUGGAACGAUUACGUCACGUUUCUCAAGAGCGUGGAGGCUGUCGGAUCGUAUGCUGAGAAUCAGAAGAUAUCUGCUGUCAGAAAGGUGUAUCAGAGAGCGGUUAUCACCCCCAUCAUCGGUAUAGAGACAUUGUGGAAGGACUACAUUGCGUUCGAGCAGAGCAUAAAUACUAUUAUUGCCGAAAGAAUGGCCAUGGAGCGCUCCCGUGAGUACAUGAACGCGCGUCGCGUCGCCAAGGAGCUUGAGACUGUCACGCGCGGCCUCAACAGGAACAUGCCCGCCACGCCACCUACCGUCGACCGAGAGGAAAUGAAACAGGUGGACUUAUGGAAGAAAUAUAUAACCUGGGAGCGUUCUAACCCGCUCCGUUCCGAAGACACGGCUUUGGUCGCUCGUCGAGUCAUGUUCGCCAUAGAACAGUGCCUCCUGUGCUUGGCACACCACCCCGAUGUUUGGCACCAGGCUGCCCAGUUUCUGGACCAUUCCGCGAAAUUGUUGACUGAAAAGGGGGACUCGAACGCGGCGCGCCUGUUUUCCGACGAAGCGGCAGCGGUGUAUGAACGCGCCACGAGCGGCCCUCUCAAGAGGUCCACGCUGUUGCACUUCGCGCACGCCGACUAUGAGGAAAGCCGGCUGCAUUACAAUAAGGUACAUCAAGUGUACACCCGCUACUUAGAUAUGGAAGAUAUCGACCCAACAUUGGCAUACGUACAGUACAUGAAGUUCGCGAGGCGCGCUGAAGGCAUUAAAUCAGCAAGAACUGUGUUUAAACGCGCUAGAGAGGACCCUAGGUCAGCCUACCACGUUUUCGUAGCGGCAGCCCUAAUGGAGUACUACUGCUCAAAAGACAAAAAUAUCGCCUUUAGAAUAUUCGAGCUGGGUUUGAAGAAGUUCCCGCACAUACCGGAGUAUGUGCUGUGCUAUAUCGACUACCUGUCACAUCUUAACGAGGACAACAACACACGCGUACUGUUCGAGCGGGUGCUGUCUUCAGGGAGUUUGAAGCCUGAGAGCUCCGUAGAUAUCUGGAACAGGUUUCUAGAGUUCGAGUCCAACAUCGGUGAUCUGGUGUCCAUCGUGAAAGUGGAGAAGCGUCGGCAGGCCGUGCUCGAGAAGAUCAAAGAGUUUGAAGGCAAAGAGACAGCACAACUGGUAGACAGAUACAAGUUCUUGGACUUGUACCCUUGCAGCAUCCAGGAGCUCAAGUCCAUCGGCUACACUGAGGUGGCGUCAAUGUCUAACAAGUCUUGGGCUCUCGGCGGACCAUUAGCCGGGAUAUCGCCUGAACUGGCAGCCGUUAUACUCGGGCAGAAAGAUAACGACCCGAACAAGGACAUAGCGCGUCCGGAUACCAACCAGAUGAUCCCCUACAAGCCGAAGUCGAACCCUCUGCCCGGGGAACACCCCAUCUCCGGCGGCACUUUCCCUUUGCCUCCCGCGGCCGCUCACCUCUGCACGCUCAUGCCUCCGCCCACCUCCUUCAGAGGCCCAUUCGUAGCUGUGGACAGGCUCAUGCAGCUCUUCAACAGGAUAUCGUUGCCUGACAAACCGCCUGCGCCGACGCAGGAGAACGGCUGCGACACGAAACUGUUUGACCUGGCGCGCUCCGUGCACUGGAUAGUCGACGACGAGGGGAUCACCACGGUCGCCAACAAGUCUCGCAGAAGAAAGGCCGGCGAAGAUUCGGAUGAUGACGAUUUGAGCGUCGCGCCUCCAGUCAACGACAUCUACCGCGCCAGGCAGCAGAAACGAGUCAAAUAGA